CGAAGGGUAGAACCGUCAUGUUUCGAUAAUGCGGCGCCAACUAUAAAAUUCGCCGACGACAGAUAAUCUCUCUCUCAUGAAUCCGUGUAACAAUGCCAACCCCAAGAUUUGGUUGAUCUAUGCUCAACUAUAAGAAUACUUUUCUGAGGCCGGGGUUGAUUGACAAUUCAAGCUUCCGUAAAAAAGAGCUCAUCGUUCCCUCUAGACUGGCAUGGGCAACUUCGUGCUUCCCUGCUUGCCUGGCUGUGGUUGAUAUAGUAGGAAGCAAAAAGUUCCAUUCUCAACAAAUAAGUCUCAAGGGUUUUGGAGUGAGGGAGGUCUCAUCACUGGCUCAGGAACAGAUGGAGACGAACACGGUCGUCGUAGAAAAUGCAGACCACUUACAUCCUACAUAUGAAACAACUAUGGAGGCUCUUUCCUCUCUCAUUACUACCAAACGACGAGGGGAUGUGCAAACAAUCAGUAAUAAGUAUAGCAAAUUAGAGAGGAUGGAAAUGUAUGUUAAGAUUUUGGGUUUGGAAGAACCUAUAGGCCGACUUAAAAUCAUCCAUGUUGCUGGGACUAAAGGGAAGGGUUCGACAUGUUCAUUUUGUGAGGCAAUUCUAAGAGAGAGUGGAUUCAGAACUGGAUUGUUUACCUCACCACACUUAAUUGAUGUGAGAGAAAGAUUUCGUCUGGAUGGGCAGGAUAUAUCUGAAGAAAAGUUUCUCCACUACUUUUGGGAAUGCUGGAACCAACUGAAGCAGAAUAUCACAGAUGACUUGCCUAUGCCUCCACUUUUCCAGUUUCUUACUGUAUUGGCCUUCAAAAUUUUUGCUUGUGAAAAGGUAGAUGUUGCUAUCAUUGAAGUUGGCCUUGGGGGUACCAGGGACUCAACAAAUGUGAUCAAGAAUCCUGUUGUCUGUGGUGUAAGUCCACUGGGCAUGGAUCAUAUGGAAACGCUCGGAGAUACGCUGGAGCAAAUUGCUUCUCACAAAGCUGGAAUCUUAAAGCCUCACGUGCCUGCAUUCACGGUAGCACAACCAUCUGAAGCAAUGGGUGUUCUUCAACAAAAGGCGAGGGAUUUGAUGGUCCCAUUGGAAGUCGUUGCUCCUCUUGAUCGUAGUAAUUUAAAAGGGACAGAACUAAGCUUGUCUGGCGAUCACCAAUUCACGAAUGCUGGUCUUGCCAGUGCACUUUGCAAAAGCUGGCUCCAGAGUACAGGGAAUUGGGAGAAAAUACUCCAGCAUCCUGGCGAGGAAGACAACAUACCCGAUGCAUUUCUUAGGGGUCUUCAAACAGCGCGUCUCUCUGGAAGGGCUGAGAUUGUUCGUGACUCUGCAGUAUCAUCUUGUGCAACGGCUAGCGAGGCUGAAAAUACUUCAGGGGAUCUCGUUUUUUACUUGGACGGUGCUCACAGUCCCGAAAGCAUAGAGGCUUGUGCUAGGUGGUUUUCAAGUGCUGUCAAAGAGAAAACAUCAAAAGAAGUUUGGGGCAAUGGUAAUGUUAAUGGAAAAACAUCCAAAAAGAUUCUUCUGUUCAACUGUAUGGAUGUCAGAGAUCCCCAAAGCCUUCUCCCAAUACUUGUUGAUACCUGUGCAUCGUCGGGCACACAUUUUGCGAAAGCCAUUUUCGUUCCUGGCAUCUCGUCUUACACGAAGGUGACUUCUGCCUCCUCCGUUCCUUCAGGGCUACCUCCCAAGGAUUUAUCUUGGCAGUGCAACCUUCAAAGAGUUUGGGAAAACAUCAUUCAUGGAAAAGAUGCUGUUAACAAGAAUCUUGAGGCGAGAAUCCCAGAUAGUGUUCCACCUCGCAGGUUCCUUGACAAUGAUGCAGCCGGUUGCAGCGCAGUGGUCUCUUCCCUGCCAAUGACAAUCAAUUGGCUAAGGGACUGCGUGAAGAAAAACCCGUCACUCAGAAUUCAGGUUCUUGUCACGGGGUCGUUGCACCUGGUUGGGGAUGUGUUGAAGCUACUUCGGAGAUGAUUUAGGAAGAAACUCUUGAGCUAAAUUAAGAGUCGUGUGACACUCUUCUACUCCAACCCCGGUACCACACAUGCGAAGCUUGUAUGCAGGUACAUGAGAUGUGAUAUGAUCUUCAACAAGUUCGUUAGAUCUUAAAAUUAUGGGUAAUUUUUUACACGACAUAUUUUGUUUCUUCAUUUAUGUGAUGAUCUUUAUUCUUAUAACAAGUGUCUUGUUAUACAAUCUGCAUUAAAUUGGUUCUUAGUACUUAAA